AUGUCGAACACCUGGAACGGAGCGGGGGGAAGUAGCUGCACCACUGGGCCGCCGACGGCCGACGAGUACUACAACGGGGCCCACUCCGACUCGCCGACGAUGAGCAGCACCACCGGCUCGGCAAGCUGCUACCAGCCCACUUAUCGCUCCGCAUGGAACUUCGAACGGCUCUUCCGUCUCCCUCAUAACACUAGUCCUUUGCUUACCACUCAGGCCCACUCUCGCAUCUCGAUGGUCUAUCGUCACCUUCAUCGCCCCUCUUAA